AUGGCUGCUGCCCCACCAUCUGCGGACCCUCUCGAUAAAGCGUUGAUUGUGGAUGUGGAUCAAUGGAUCGAGCAGCUUUAUGAAUGUAAACCCCUCUCGGAAAAUCAAGUAAAAACACUAUGUGAAAAGGCAAAGGAAAUCUUGGAGAAAGAGCCAAAUGUACAAGAAGUUCGGUGUCCUGUGACAGUGUGCGGAGAUGUGCACGGUCAAUUUCACGAUUUGAUGGAGCUCUUCAAAAUGGGCGGAAAGAGUCCGGACACCAACUAUCUCUUCAUGGGAGAUUACGUUGAUAGAGGAUACUAUUCUGUAGAGACUGUCAGUCUUCUUGUAUGCUUGAAGAUCCGUUAUAAGGACCGAGUCACGCUUCUUCGAGGAAAUCACGAGUCUCGACAAAUCACUCAGGUUUACGGGUUCUAUGACGAGUGCUUGAGAAAGUACGGAAACUCAAACGUGUGGAAGUAUUUUACUGAUCUCUUCGACUGUUUCCCACUGACUGCUCUUGUCGAUGGCCAAAUCUUCUGCCUUCAUGGAGGGCUCUCACCAUCGAUUGAUACCCUCGACCAUAUCAGAGCUCUGGAUCGCAUUCAGGAAGUUCCACAUGAAGGACCAAUGUGUGACCUCCUUUGGUCUGAUCCUGAUGACAGAGGAGGCUGGGGAAUCUCUCCACGUGGAGCCGGUUAUACAUUCGGACAAGAUAUUUCCGAGACUUUCAAUCACUCCAACGGCCUGACGCUGAUUUCCCGAGCACAUCAACUCGUUAUGGAGGGAUAUAACUGGAGUCACGACCGUAAUGUGGUAACAGUGUUCUCCGCUCCAAAUUACUGCUAUCGCUGUGGAAACCAGGCAGCGAUGGUGGAGCUGGAUGAUGAUCUGAAGUACUCGUUCCUGCAAUUCGACCCAGCUCCACGGAGAGGCGAACCACAUGUCACCCGUAGAACGCCUGACUACUUCUUGUAG